GUCCCUUAAUACGAUCAUUAAGGCCAACACAAGGACUCAAAUAGGUGGGCCUCGAACCACACAACGGACCCUUCUCGUCCCAAAGCUAUGGUCGCCGAAAUUCUGAAGAAGACAACCGGGUAGAUCAUAUCGUCGUGGACCCAGUUUUUCUACUGCCUUGGCGCUGCCAUAAAUUUCCGAAGGACCUGAAGUUCUAGUUGAGGAACGGGGUCGCCAAAUAUGAGGUUCCUGUGUUUGCAUGGCAGAGGGACGAAUGCAAAGAUCUUUGAGAUACAAACGGCGAAGAUCCGCCAGGUCCUCGGUCGGGACCACGAGUUCUUCUUCGCCAACGGCACCUUGCCGACAUCUCCCGACGCCGGCGCUGAAGCUAUAACCGACGAAUACUUCGGCUACGUCAGCUCCACCAUCCAAGAACACCGCUCCAUGCACGCCGACCUACUGGACCUAAUCCGCAGCGAAGGCCCCUUCGAUGCCCUAAUGGGCUUUUCCGAAGGAGGGGCUGUGGCGGCUCUACUAUUAGUCACCGACGCGCGGCACAGCGUCGCCAGUUUCCAAUGCGCCAUCUUCUUCAGCGCCGCGCCGCCAUUUGACCCUGACGAUUUGCAGAAGGGGGAGUUGCGGUGGGUCAACGCGGACACGGACGGGGAGAUAAUCAAAAUCCCCACGGCGCACAUGUGGUCAAGAGAGGGGGACGUGAAUUCGAUAAAGUCGCAGCACUUGGUUGGGUUGUGUGAGCGGGAGGGGAGGGAGACGUACGUGCAUGGAUUGGGACAUGAUGUGCCGGGGGCUAAGUCAGAGAAGGAUUUAGCGGGUGCGGUUAGGGUUAUUGAGCAUGUUAUCGAGAAUGCGAGGGGGAGACAGAGCGCUAGGGCGAGUCGGAUUGAGAGGCAGAUGCAGGCGAGUUCAGCCGCUGUGGGGGGACUUUGAGGUUACAUUGA